AUGACAGACUCAACCAAGCCUGAUGACGGCACUCAGACUUCCUCCAAAGAGCUUAUUUGGGAGCAGCUACCGCUUGUUAUAAACGAUGUUAUUAUUUCAAUAUCCACCGUCCGCCGUAGCGGCGCUGGCGACCCGAUUCUCUUCCUCCACGGCUUUGGCAGCACAAAGGAAGACUACACCGACAUCGUCCUUCACGAAUCUCUCGCAGGCUACCCCAUCAUCGGAUAUGACGCCCCUGGUAGCGGUGCCUCCACCAUCUCUGACUUUUCUGCUAUCUGCAUGCCCUUCCUGGUUGCCGUCGCAGAGGCCGUGCUCAAGGCCCACAAGGUCUCCCGCUUCCACCUCGUCGGCCACUCCAUGGGCGGUCUCACGGGGUUGUUGCUGGCACAACGCAAUCCAGAAUCCGUUCUGAGCUUCACCAAUAUCAAAGGAAACCUUGCUCCCGAGGAUUGCUUCCUCAGCAGGCAGAUCUUUGACUUCCCUGCCGACGAACCAGAGGUAUUCAUCGCCUCCUUCAUCGAGCGGACAAGACGAUCGCCAGCGUACGGCAACGGUGUCUAUGCGGCGGCGUUCCGAGCAAAGGUGCGGUCAGAAGCAGUGAGGCCGACUUUUGAGUCCAUGGUUGAUUACACGGACAAUGGUGGCCUGUUGGACAUUUUCGAAGCGCUUCCCUGUCCAAAAAUGUUCAUGUUUGGCGUAACUUACAACACCCUUUCGUUUCUGCCACGAAUUGCCAAGGCCAGAGUUGAGUUAGCUGAAAUACCGAAGAGCGGUCAUUUUGUCAUGUAUACCAACCCCAUUGCAAUGUGGGAGCGUAUUGAGAGGUUUUUGAAAAGAUGCUCAGAGUAG